AUGGAGACAAGUGAUAAUGAAGAGACAUCAAUAGCGAUUAAUAAGAGGAGAAGAGGAGCUUCUGCUUCGACGACGAGUGAUGAUGCGGAUAUACCUUUGACGACACGGGCAAGAAGUGCAGGCAAGAGAAUCAAUAUAAGCUUUGACGAUGAUCUGUCUGAGGAUGGGGUGUCGGUGUCGACGCUCGAUGACGACGGAUACACCAGUGCUGGUGUGACGGGUCAUCGUGGAGGAAUGGAUGUUGACGACAUUGAAGAGGGUGACGACGAGAAUGACGAUGAAGACGAUGACCCCGACUUUGAAGAAGAAGAAGAGGAAGACUAUAUACCACCGGCCGACGAAGAGGAGGAAGAAGAUGAUGACGACGAUGAAGAUGAAGUAUACCAUUCACACUCACACGGAACACCAAAGAAGAACAAUAAGCGUCGACAAUUACAUGGUGGACACGGUCACGGUGACAAAGCAGCAUCUGCAUCUGCAUCACCAUCAGCAACACAACAACAAAAGAAAAAAAAGAUGAGAAAUAGUUCGAGUGGUACAACUUCACCGACCAACUCCUCAACAGGUGGAAGAUCAUCAUCUCGAGGUGAUGUCUCUGUAGGUGGAGGUGACACGGGUGGUCAUGGUACAACAGACUCAUCGGAUGAAGCUGGUAAACCACCCAAUGCAAUCCAGUAUCAUUGCGAUUAUUGUCAAAAGGAUCUAAGUAAUGUCGUCAAGAUCAAGUGUUCAGUGUGCGAAGACUUUGAUCUCUGUCUCGAAUGUUUUAGUGUCGGCGCCGAGAUCUAUCCCCACAAGAACCACCAUGACUACCAAGUCAUUGAUAACAUGCAUUUCCCCAUGUUUACAGAGGACUGGGGUGCCGACGAAGAACUCCUUCUCCUCGAAGCCAUCGAAUCAUUCAACAUGGGCAACUGGAACGAAAUCUCAGACAACGUAGGCACCAAGUCACCACUCGAUUGUCGUAACCAUUACUUUACCUAUUAUUUAAAUUCAUCAACCUCACCAUUACCCGAUACAUCAAAAGUAUUAACAACCAAUGAAAAUGUACAUUUUAAGAGAGCCAAACCAACCUUUUAUAAUCCAAAUGAAAGAAAAAAUAAGAAGAAUGCAGAUACAUCUGAAGGACCAUCUGGCCCGGUCACCGAUUCAGUAGGGUUUAUGAAGAAUAGAGGACACUUUGAGUAUGAAUACGAUAAUGAUGCCGAGGUUGUUAUUAAAGACUUGGGUUUUGAACAAGAUGAUCCACCAUCUGAUAGAGAAAUUAAACUACAAGUAUUGGAUGCAUACAAUCAACGCUUGAAUGAAAGAAUAUCAAGAAGAAACUUUAUCAUUGAAAAGGGGUUAUUGGACUACAAGAGAAUGGAAAGAAAAAGAGUUAAAGAUGACAAGGAAGUUUUCAAUUCUCUAAAAGUAUUUUUACAAUCAAUGUCCAAAGAAGAUCAUGAAAAAUUGGUAAAUGGUGUCAUUGCUGAAAAGAAUUUAAUGACAAGAAUUAAACAAAUACAGGAAUAUAGAGCAAAUGGAAUUAGAACAUUUGAAGAAGCAAAUCAAUUUGAAGAAGACAAGAGAAAACGUGAACAAGAAAAGAGUGUUAGAAAGAGUAAGAGUGAAUUGACAUCAUAUCAUGCUGAAAAGCCAACAGUGUAUAAAUCGAGGUCAGAGUUGGUCAAAGACCGAGAGGACACGUUUUUGGGUAUCAAAAACCAUCAAGAUAGGAAACCAACCAAACUAAAGAAAAAUGUCGAUCUCGAAUUUGAAGGUAUACCCAAUGCCAAUGCACUAUCGAUUAAAGAGAAACAACUGUGUUCAUCUAUUCGUAUACUUCCACGUCAAUAUUUAUUAAUCAAAGAAACCAUCUUAGCAGAAUCAACUAAAUUAUCCAAACAACAACCACCACCAACCAAACAACCACUUAUCAAAUUAUCCAAUAUCUCUAAACUAAUUGAAUUGGAUCAAUCUAAAAUAUCAAAAAUAUUAGAAUUCUUUGAACAAUGUCGUUGGAUAAAUCAAUAA